UGGGCCUUCAACGAUGGCGAUUGGAACCCUCUUCAAUCUUCUCCUGGACAUUACAAUGAACAAGUCUUUCAGGGACUGGAUUUUGUUGUAGCAGAAGCUGGGAAGUACAAGGUUUAUCUGAUAUUAAGCUUGGUGAAUAACUUCGAUGAUUUUGGAGGAAGAAAAAGAUACGUACAGUGGGCAAAUGGUAGCGACCCAGAUGAGUUUUAUACCAAUAAUCGUGUUAAAGAAUUCUACAAAAACCAUGUUCAGGCAGUGCUGACGAGAAAGAAUACGAUUACCGGGGUGACAUACAAAGACGAUCCUACUAUUUUUGCAUGGGAACUCAUGAAUGAACCUCGCUGCAACGAUCCCUCCGGAUCCAAAAUUCAGGAGUGGGUUAAAGAAAUGGCAGCACAUGUUAAGUCCAUUGACAACGAUCAUCUAUUGGAAAUAGGGCUUGAAGGAUUCUAUGGGGAAUCUGUGCCGCAGAGGAAGCAAUCCAACCCUAAUACUGCCAUAACUGGAACUGAUUUCAUUUCCAAUAACCAAAUUCCUCAAAUCGAUUUUGCCACUCUUCAUAUUUACCCUGAACAAUGGCUACCAUGGGAAAAAGCAAGUGAAAGCGAGCAGAAUGCUUUCGUGGACAACUGGAUCAAAGUCCAUACUCAAGAUUGCAAUUCAGUGAUCAGAAAACCAGUGGUUAUAGGGGAAUUUGGUAGGUCUUCAAAGCUAUCUGGGUUCACCUUGGAGAAGAGGAACAUGUAUUUCGAGAAGGUUUACACUGCAGUCUAUAACAGUGCCAGCACUGGAGGCUCAUGUGCUGGUGCUAUUUUUUGGCAGCUAAUGACAAGAGGAACAGAGAAUCAGGGAGAUGGGUAUCAAGUUGUUUUGGAAGAGAGCUCUUCAACUGCCAAUAUCAUUACUCAACAAUCUAUCAAUCUCUCUCAUCUCUACUAGGGUUUGAUAAUACAUAAAACAUAACAUACAUACUGUAGCAACAAAAACCAAACAUAUGUUAUGUCAUUGUUCUUUUAGUACUCUUGAUCUUGAGAUCUAAAAAUGUUGUCUUCUGUCUUUGUAUUUAUCAAUGUUUGAAACAGCUAAUCAAUAUAUAUACAGUACCAAUCAUUGGAACUCCCUCCAGGGAAAAGGCU